AUGGCUCCCGUUACCGUAGCCGUUGGCGAAGCAAAGGCAGGCGAGACUGCCCCCAGAAGAAAGUUGGCCCAGAAGGACGGCGCCGUGGAAAGACCCUACGACUCCAAGGCCACUAACUUGGUAGAGUUCUUGGACGAAGUGGUCCAUCGCAACAGCUCCCGCCCAGCCAUGGGUUGGAGAGACUUGUUGGAAGUCCACACCGAAACCAAAAAGGUCACCAAGUUUGUGGACGGCAAGGAAACUAAGGUCGACAAGGACUGGACCUUCUACGAAUACUCCAAGUACAACUACAUCACCUACAAGCAAUUGGGUGAAACCGUCAGGCAUAUCGCCGCGGGACUUGUGGCUGCCGGCUUGGAACCCAACCAAAAGGACAAGCUCCACCUUUUUGCCGGUACCUCCAAGAAAUGGCUCCAAUCGUUCUUGGCUGCCUCCCACAUUUCCCUCCCAGUAGUUACCGCAUACGACACUUUGGGUGAAUCUGGAUUGACCCACUCCUUGGUCCAAACCGAAUCCAAUGCUGUUUUCACCGACAACACCCUCUUGAGUCAAUUGAUUAGACCAUUACAAAAAGCCACCUCCGUCAAGUACAUUAUCCACAGUGAACCCAUAGAUGAGGGUGACAAGCGUCUGGGUGGCAAAUUCUACAAAGACGCUGUUGCUGCCAAGGAGAAGCUUUUGGAAGUUAGACCAGACUUGAAGUUCUUCUCCUUUGACGAAAUCAUUGAAUUGGGUAAGGAAACCCCACUUUCUUCAAAGAUUUCUCCAAAGUCCGAUGAUACUGCUUGUAUUAUGUACACUUCCGGCUCGACUGGUGAUCCAAAGGGUGUGGUUAUUACCCAUGCCAACAUUAUUGCCGCUGUCGGUGGUGUCUCUUCCAAUGUUGGUAGAAAAGAUGUUAAACCUCACGAUCGUAUUAUUGCAUUUUUGCCAUUGGCUCACAUUUUUGAAUUGGUCUUUGAAUUUAGUGCUCUUUGGUGGGGUGGAACUUUGGGUUACGCCAAUGUUAAAACCUUGACUGAGGCCUCUUGUAAGAACUGUCAAUCCGAUUUGCAAGAAUUCAAGCCAACCAUUAUGGUCGGUGUUGCUGCUGUUUGGGAAUCAGUCAGAAAGGGUGUCUUAGCAAAGGUUAGGGCCUUGCCUGCACUCACCCAAAAGAUUUUCUGGGCUGCAUACAAAGCCAAGACUACCUUCAGCAGUUACCACAUCCCAGGUGCUUCUAUCUUUGACAUCAUUUUCAAGAAGAUCAAGGCUGCCACUGGUGGUGAAUUGAGAAUUAUUAUGAACGGUGGUUCUCCAAUUUCCAAGGAUACACAAGUUUUCAUUUCUACUUUGAUCGCUCCAAUGUUGAUUGGUUACGGUUUGACUGAAACUUGUGCCCAAACUACUAUUUGUGAGGUUGAUCAUUUCGAAUACGAUGUUGCUGGUACCUUGACUGGUGCAGUUACCGCUAAAUUGGUUGAUGUCGCUGAUGCAGGUUACUACGCUAAGCACAACCAAGGUGAAAUUCUUCUUUCUGGUAAGUCUAUCGUCAAGGAGUACUAUAAGAACGAGAAGGAAACUGCCGAAGCUUUCACUGAAGAUGGUUGGUUCAGAACUGGUGACAUUGGUGAAUGGACCGCAAAUGGUAAUUUGAGAGUUAUUGACCGUAAGAAGAACUUGGUGAAGACAUUGAACGGUGAAUACAUCGCAUUGGAGAAGUUGGAAUCUGUUUACAGAUCUAACCCAGUUGUGCUCAACUUAUGUGCUUACGCCGACCAAUCAAAGGUUAAGCCAAUUGCUAUCGUUUUGCCUAACGAACAAGCUCUUAAGAGUUUGUUGAUUGAUGAAAGAAUCUACUCAAAGGAUGAAUUGAGCUCCAAGGAAUUGUCUCACCUUUGCGAAGAAAAGAAGGUCGCUGAUGCUGUGCAAAAGUCUCUUGCUGCUACUGGUAAGUCUCAAGGAUUGAAGGGUAUCGAAAUCAUCCAAGCAGUUGUAUUGUUGGACGAUGAGUGGACUCCUCAAAAUGGUUUUGUUACUUCUGCCCAAAAGUUGCAAAGAAAGAAGAUUCUCGAGUCUUGCAAAGAAAAGGUUGAGGCUGCUUAUGAUAGAUCAUAA